AUUGGAAAAUCGGGAGAUUCGCCCUACCACGUGGAGGCUCUAUCACCAGCAUCGUCCAAAUCUGACGACGCAACGGCACGAUUCUGACACAACUACCUAUCACCACCGCAAUCUCAUGCAUUCAUAAACGCUGCAUUUGCAGCAACACUUUCCUUGCAGUGACGUAGAAGACAACUGUCAUGCCGACGAGCUCCUUUGCAGUGCCUACGAUUCUUACCACGGCAACCCUUCAUUUUGCUGAAGUAGCUGAAGAUGCCACCGCGCAGGAUGUCAUUGAUGCCUUGGUAGAAACCGCUAGGUCUGAGGUUCUUGGAGGCCUGGAAGAUCAGGGAUGGGCUCUACAGAAGAUCAGAGUGGAGCGGAAUGGCCGCCCUUGGGAAGAAGACGAGUUGGAAGCUCUCGGCGAUGGCACCCUGGAGCCUUCUACUUUGGUCGCGCCUUUGGUCAACGCCCCGCCAGCGAAGGCUACAACUCAACGGCAUUUCUCUUCGUUUCCCAUGACUGCACAUCUUCACAAUCCUGUCCUUCGUUUGGUUUCUCUCCAUCCGCACCUAUCCAUCUAUCUAUCCUUUCUUCGGGUCCCUGAAAUUCACGACGAUUUUCGAUACAAGGUCUUUAUUUCCAAGACCACGACUAUUCAUGACGUUGUAAAUUCAGUAAUAGACGAACUAGGUUUGACCAAAUCCUUGCCAGUUCCGGGGGGCGGCAACUUGGAAUACGUCCUGGAGGAGGUGUGGAAGGAUUCUGAAUCUGAAAAAUCCUCGCGACUACCCGGCUCCUCUUUGGUAUUCAGCAUCGUGGAAUCCUCCUUCUGCACAAACCCAUACACAUCUGCGGCCACUCGCAGCUUCCGUUUCUGCGUUCCCGACGAAUGGUACCGUCGCUCCAAAUCGAGAAGCGUAUCCACAGCAUCUACAGAACCCACGCAGUCUACCAUAAGGCGCCUCGCAGCUUUACAAGAAUCCGACGAAGACGAAGAAGAUGAAGGAACAUACAAGAUGUCCAGUCCGGAGGCAUCUUCUCCUGCGUCUUCCACUGCUGGAGGCGGAACCAUUUCCCAAAACCGCUUGUCGACUCUAUUUGAUGGAUGGUUCCAGGUUUCAGCUCCUUCCCGAUCCAGUGUUGUAGCCACGUCGGAGAGACGCAAAAGCAUAGUCAGCGAACCGAUACUAGUUGAAAACCAAACCGGGAAUGGCUCGAUAACGGGAUCAAGUUCAGGCCAGGAGUCCGAUUUCGAUGAAGCGGAAUUCGAAGAUCUAGUGAACAAUUUGGGAUUAAAGAAUGACAAGCGGACUGAGAUGCUUACUAUGUCACCAGAGAGGAAGCGAACAGUCUUGUCGCAACAUAAAUUGAUGAAGGCGGGAGCAUCUGGAUCUAUGCGAGGUCCAGCUUACGCCCAGUCCUAUGGGCCUAGCAGCGCCGCUGGUAUAAUGCCAAGAAUCGUUCCACAGUUGACUGGGGAUGGCCUCAUGAAGCGGUUCUCUAUGUGGGGUGCAGCACCUGCCGCACCUCCCGUGGUUUCUGAAGGGGCUCACACUAGUGGCGAAUUUAACAAGAGUAGGAAAGGGUCAUUCGACAAGCUUGCUGAGGAACCGAAGCCCGUCUUACCUCAGAGCACGGGAGGGCGAUGGAGUAGCUGGUGGUCCUUGUCCAGCGGUGACAGAGGAGGCGUCGGUGAUAGUAGGGCACCUGAGAAUUCGCCAAAGUGGUACGUCGAUGGAUUGAAAAGCUGGAAGACAACAGAUAUCAAGCUGCUCAAGCACAUCAUAUCACUACGAGUGCACCUUCGCAAUGCCAGUUUGGCAUGGGUAGAAGAGUUCCUUAGCACUGAAAAGGGACUGGAUGCCCUGACGGCCAUGCUCGCAGGACUUGUUGGCAAAGGCGGAAAACGGAAGGAUUUGACAGAGAUUGAAACCAACUGCCUGCUGGAAAUCGUCAAAUGCUUCAAAGUCUUUCUGAAUGCCGGUAACGACAAAAGCAAUGAACUCUUCGACCGAAUCAUUGCUGCUCCAAUGGUCGUAACAUACAUUACUUAUUCUCUCCACGUCCCUUCUCCGGAACUAAGGACUAUGUCGUCGGAAAUCCUCGCGGCACUUUCUUUUCUAUCAGCUGAUGGUCACAAGGCGGCGCUCUCUGCAUUGUCGGAUUAUCGCGUUGCCUAUGAUGAAACAUUCCGUUUUGAAGGCCUGGUAAAUUCCUUGCAGUUACCUUCCGGUGAAGGGGAGUUUGGCGGUGAUGUUGCAAGUUAUUUAAUGGAUAUGGAUGAUGAAGAGGUCAAGCGAAUUUGGAACCCUAGGGCCGCGGUGAUGUCCCUCGUGAAUGCCUUGACAAACUGUCCCGACGCUUUGGAAGACAGAAUCGUUCUUCGCGAAGAAUUUAGCAGAAGGGGUCUGAAUGAGAUUACUGUGGCCCUGCGAUAUGUUAAGCCGCCGGAAUAUGUGAUGAAUCAACUCAACGUAUAUACGGAGGAGAAAUUGGAUGACGAUGCGGAAAUGAGAGAGAGGGCCAGAGGAAUGAUGAGGCGGACUACUAGCGACGCUGCAUUAUCUGACGCUGAAGACGUACUGCAGGACAUAGUUCAACUGGCCCAAGAGCACGGUGAACUGUAUCCUGUGAUGGUUGAUAUCCUUCACAACUACAAUGACAUUCUUGGCAAGGACGUAGAACUGCAACUAAAGGCCGACCUUCUUACUGUGCUGGAUAAAUUUGUUGAGCAGGCGGCAAUGCUUGACAAGUUUGAUGAUAGCUGGCACAUUUUUAUGAAGAGGUUCGUAGCGUCUGUUUCGCAUAUCACCGGCCAAGAACUCGAGGUCAAGGCCGCAUCCGAGAGUGACCACAUUGUUGAAGAAGAACUAGAGUCUCUGCGGAUGAAAGUUGAAGAACUUAGCGAUGAGCGCACGAAGUUGAAGAAUGAACUCAACCAGCAGAUUGCCGAGAUGAAUGCAUUAAAGUCUUUACCUCUUGGGGGCUCUCAAGGAAAGCCACUCGGAAAAGGUGGUCCCGAGAGCUUCCACGGUGUCGUUCAGCGUCUCGUGCAGAAAGAAAAGCAAGUUCUUCAGCUCCAGUCAGAGCUAGAUCGAAUCAAAAGCCAGCAACAUCCUAACGAGGUACGCGAUGCGGACGAGCGUGCCAAACAAGCUCGUGAUCGGGCGAAAUGGAAUACGCUGAUGGAUGAGAUUGCUAAGCUGAAGGUCAAGAACAGUGACGCAGAGACAACCUUGGGAAUUAAGGAUAAGGAAAUUAUCUACCUGAAGCGAGCCCUUGAGUCUGUUUACUCUCGAUUUUCGGCCAGGGAAGAACAUCGUGAAGAAGCGCGAGGGGCAGAAAUGGACGCUGAGUUCAUGGCAGCCCGUACCAUUGAAAGUUUAUCGCAGAAGGAUGAUCAGAUUGCUUCGUUAUGCACUGAAGUAGCUGAUCUAAAAUCUCAGGUAGCUGACAUGAAAGCUACGCUCGCUGCGAAGCCCAAGACCGAGAAGGAGUUCAAAGCACGUUCUCCUCCUCCACCACCUCCUUCUAAACCUAAACGUACUGCGACGGCGCCAACGCUCGUGUCACUUGCAGCAUUGUCAAAGGUAGAUACUAAAUCACCCCCACCACCGCCGCCGCCGCCGCCGCCCGCUCCUCCUGCCCGGUUGCCAUCGAUGGCUAAUGUCGCGGCUGCUGUCCUGGAACCAGCUUCUUCCAUACCAUUAACGACAUCUGGACCACCACCACCACCACCACCACCACCUCCUCCUCCUCCUCCUCCUCCUGGUAUCCCUCCUGCUGCUGUUUCUACUGGGCCUCUAUCCCCUCCACCCCCGCCGCCACAGUCUCUAAGCAUUGGACCGCCCCUUCCCCCACCUCCGCCCCCUGCUUUCCGAAUGGGAGAUGUGAGACCCAAGAUCACUCGGCCUGCGAAGCGGUUAAAGCCCUUCUUCUGGAACAAGAUCAACAAUUCAACUAUUUCCAACACAGUAUGGCGUGAGGUUCCGACUGACAUUGAAUUCGACUUGAAUGAUCUAGAAAUGACAUUCACAAUUGAUAAUUCGACUCCCGCACCUUCACAACUCCAGGCUAAUCCAUCCAAGAAACCCGCCGUUACAACACUGUUAGAUAUCACACGAGCCAAUCAUAUCGCUAUAAUGCUGAAACGAAUUAAACUGGAUUUCCCAGGAAUACGCAAAGCACUACUUGAGUUGAACGAUAACCUUUCCAUUGAUGAUCUGCGAGCAAUUGGGAAGCAUUUACCAACGCCUGACGAGGUGAACCGAAUCAAAGACUUCGAAGACGUUGGGAAGCUUGCCAUGGCUGACCAGUAUUUCGGCCAGAUAAUAUCCAUUCCGAGACUGUCAGAACGACUGGAUUGUAUGCUCUACCGUCGUAAAUUAGACCUUGAUAUCGCGGAGAUACGACCGGAUCUGAAUACUCUACGUAAUGCUGCCCUGGAACUCCGGGGGUCGACAAAAUUCAGGCAGAUCUUGCAAGCCGUCCUUGCCGUAGGAAACGCGUUGAACGGUUCCAGUUUCCGGGGUAGUGCCAAAGGUUUUCAGCUCGAGGCCCUUCUGAAGAUGAAGGAGACAAAAACAGCUAAAGCUGGUACUGACUGCCCUACACUGUUGCAUUACUUGGCUCGAGUACUCCUUCGAUCUAAUCCUAACUUGGUCACUUUUAUUGAGGACCUUCCUAAUGUUGAAGCUGCUUCUCGCCUCUCCGUUCAGACCAUUAUGCAGUCGGUUAGCGGCAUGGCUUCGGGUCUAGCUCAAAUCAAGGCCGAAAUGAUUUGGCUCAAGCAGCUGCCUGUCCUACCCGACGAUCGUUUCAUUCUGGUGAUGCAGCCAUUUGUGAUCGAGGUCGAAGAAAGCAUCGUCGCGCUGAAGAAUAUGGGUCAGUCCCUAGAAGGGGACCUACACUCUCUUCUUGCGUAUUAUGGCGAAAAUCCCGAAGCGCCCGAUGCCCCCAAACCUGAAGAAUUCUUCGGUUUGAUUAUAUCGUUUUCGUCAUCUCUUCAGAAAUGCGCUCUAGAAGUUCACGACUCUCAACAGAAGUCAGCAGUCCAGACAACAGAGUCUAACAUUCAGAUCAGAGUGGAAGUGGACCAGCCGUCAGAACCCACCAUUAAGGCUGCUACUGAUACCCAGGGCUCUCAUGGCCGAACUGCUGGCGGUAAAUCAGUGGGCCGAGGUGACCUUGACCAGGCUAUUCGCAGCAUGCGAGAUGGGAAACGAAGAGCGAGACCUGCGCGACCGCUCAGCAAGAUAUUCCUAGAUGGUGCGCCUGGCGGUGGACGACCGAAGAGUCGCUUUUUGAAUCAUGAUACAUAACACUCACGAGUUACUUAUCACAAUCUAAUAUAAUCAUUCCGCAUACCACGAUCUCUAUAUCAAUCUUGCAUAUAUCUCACGCAUACAUAUCCCUACUGUUACUUGUAUUAUUUCGAGACGUCUCAGACAUGUAUGUAUACUUUCAUGACAUUAUGACAGCCUGCGAGGGCAUAUUACAUCUUGGUACGUGGCGUCGUUGAUUCGACUCACUAACUUUAAAUCGAUCCAUGAUCGUCCAGACUCUAAACUCGAGA